UGUUACGAAUUUUUAAAAUGUGUCGGUCAUGGAAGAGAUCUCCUAAACAUAUAUUUCUACCACCCUGUAUAAGUUCUAUCACGUCGUACGUGCGUCGUAAGCAAACUGGACGACGUGACUGCUACAGUGACAAUCAUGGCUGUUGGAAAUCCAUACGACCACUUACUGAAGUCCAUUAAAAUUGGAUCUAAAGAGUGUAAAUACUAUGACAUCGCUAAUCUCGGAAAGAAAUAUGAUAGGUUACCAUUCUCGAUUAGAGUGCUCCUUGAAAGUGCCGUUAGAAAUUGCGAUGAUUUUCAAAUUUCAAAAUGUGACGUAGAGAAAGUAUUAGACUGGGAAAUUAACCAAACACACGAAGAGGGUAUAGAACUGUCUUUUAAACCAUCCAGAGUAAUAUUGCAAGACUUUACUGGGGUGCCGGCAGUGGUGGAUUUUGCAGCUAUGAGAGAUGCUGUUAAACACUUGGGUUCAGAUCCAGAUAAGAUAAAUCCUAUCUGCCCAUCAGAUCUUGUUAUUGAUCACUCGAUACAAGUUGAUUUUGUUAGAAGCAACGAUGCUGUGAAAAAAAACGAAGAGAUAGAAUUCGAAAGGAACAAGGAACGAUUCAUGUUUUUAAAAUGGGGAGCCAAGGCGUUCGAGAAUAUGUUGAUUAUACCUCCAGGAAGUGGAAUAGUCCAUCAAGUUAAUUUAGAAUAUUUGGCAAGAGUUGUUUUCGAUACCAAUAGUUUGCUCUAUCCCGAUAGCGUGGUCGGAACAGAUUCUCAUACAACUAUGAUUAAUGGCCUCGGUGUACUUGGUUGGGGCGUUGGAGGAAUCGAGGCUGAAGCUGUUAUGUUAGGACAAACAAUAUCGAUGUUAUUACCAAAAGUUAUAGGAUACAGAUUGGACGGAGUUCUAAAUCAGUAUGCCACUUCGACGGAUCUUGUUCUCACGAUCACGAAGAAUUUGCGUCAAAUUGGAGUAGUUGGAAAGUUCGUAGAAUUUUUCGGACCGGGUGUAUCUCAACUAAGUAUUGCAGAUCGUGCUACGAUAUCGAACAUGUGUCCUGAGUAUGGCGCUACAGUUGGAUUCUUUCCAGUCGAUCAGCAGAGUUUAAUGUACCUGAGACAAACAGGCAGAGAUGAAGAUCAUAUAAACAGAAUCGAGAAGUAUCUAACCACUGUACGGAUGUUGAGGAACUACGACGACGAGAACCAAGAUCCCAUAUUCUCCGAAAUAUUCACUCUGGAUCUGGCCACCGUGGUGUCCAGCGUCAGUGGUCCAAAAAGGCCUCACGAUCGUGUUUCCGUCGUGGACAUGAAAACCGACUUCAGGAACUGCCUUACUAACAAAGUAGGAUUCAAGGGAUUUGGCCUAACCCCUGCAAAGGUGGACUCCGUGGCCAUGUUCGAAUUCGAAGGCAAGGAUUACAAAUUGAGGCACGGUUCGGUGGUUAUUGCUGCAAUUACAAGCUGUACUAAUACCAGCAACCCCAGUGUCAUGCUUGGAGCAGGUCUGCUGGCAAAAAACGCCGUCGAGGCUGGUUUGACCGUCGCUCCUUACAUCAAAACAUCACUGUCCCCUGGAUCUGGCGUCGUCACUUACUACCUGGAGGAAAGCGGAGUGAUUCCCUACCUGACGAAAUUAGGGUUCGACAUUGUCGGUUAUGGAUGUAUGACCUGCAUUGGAAAUAGUGGCCCUCUCCCUGAUGUUAUUGUCGAUACUAUUGAGAAAAACGAGCUCGUAUGCUGUGGCGUUCUAUCUGGCAACCGAAACUUCGAGGGCAGAAUUCACCCUAAUACACGAGCGAAUUACUUAGCAUCGCCAUUGUUGGUAAUCGCGUACGCCAUUGUUGGAACGGUGGACAUAGACUUUGAAAAGGAACCACUUGGUCGCCGACCAGACGGCUCUCCGAUAUACCUUCAAGACAUCUGGCCUACCAGAUCAACCAUUCAAGCCGUAGAACAAAAAUUCGUGAUCCCAGCUAUGUUUAAAGAAGUUUACAGCAAGAUAGAAACGGGCAGCAAUAGCUGGGUAAAACUGGUCGAGCCUGAUGGUAAAUUGUAUCCGUGGGACUCAUCGUCCACCUACAUCAAGAGUCCACCGUACUUUACCAAUUUAAGAAAGGAAAUACCGAUAGUGGAAUCAGUGAGAAAAGCGCGCGUUCUUUUGAGUCUUGGAGAUUCCGUUACGACGGAUCAUAUUAGUCCAGCUGGUAGCAUUGCACGUAAUUCUCCAGCAGCGCGAUACCUCGCGAGCCGUGGACUGACGCCGAAAGAAUUCAAUUCUUACGGGUCACGAAGAGGUAACGACGCUGUGAUGGCACGUGGCACGUUCGCUAACAUUCGCCUGGUAAACAAGUUCAUUGGAAAACCUGGACCACGUACCAUUUAUAUUCCUACUAACGAGGAGAUGGACAUUUUCGACGCAGCUGAAAAGUACGUGAAGGAUCAGACACCGUUGAUUAUUCUCGUUGGCAAGGAGUACGGAUCUGGAUCUUCCAGAGAUUGGGCAGCAAAAGGGCCUUAUCUUUUAGGAAUUCGAGCGAUUAUAGCAGAGUCUUACGAAAGAAUACAUAGGUCAAAUUUAGUAGGUAUGGGUAUUAUUCCGCUGCAGUAUCUACCUGGACAAAAUGCAGAGACUUUAGGGUUGACCGGUCUAGAGGUAUAUGAUAUAGUGAUUCCCGAUAAUUGCCAGCCAGGCCAGAAGAUUACCGUUACCACCGAGGAUGGGAAAAAGUUCGAAACGAACGUACGGUUCGAUACUGACGUUGAUUUAACGUAUUACAAACACGGUGGCAUUCUAAAUUACAUGAUCAGAAAAAUGAUUAGCUAGGAGUUAAAACAUACUUAACGAAAUACUUAAUUUUGGGUUUGGAUUUUACAACAUAUAACGUACGAAUGUAUCUACAUUCUUUACAGUAAAAGAAGUAAACAAUAAGAAACACGGUAUGGCUUCUUUUUCCGAUAAAACAUAAAAAAAAAGGCGAUGGAACAGAAAUAUUAUUUCAAGUUGGAUAUAUGUAUUUAUUUUUACGUAUUACAAGUUUCUAGUUGAAUUAUUUAAAAACUUCCGAGGACUGUUA